GUGAGACAGUCGUACGGAUUAUACUACAAAACACAGAGUAUGGAGUCUCUACCGGAAGAAUCCUUGGCUUCCGUCAUCCAACAGACGAUCAGGGAUGGAACUGUUACUGAGUUGAUAAGUACAUUUAAUGUUACCGAUGAUUCAUCAGCGCUCACGACAACGAAUAUACCUCCUCUUAUACAAGGUAACCUCAAGGAACGCCACACAAACCGGACAGUGCAGUUAUCAACCGGAAGUACAAAACUAACAAACUUCUCAGACACGUUAGAUACAUUUCCGGUUUUAGACAGAACUGACGAUUCGCUUUCGAUUCAGGACCAGGUUAUAAUGGGAGCGGCCAUAACAGUAGGCUUUCUGGCGAUAUUAGCUAUUGUUCUUAGGUUUGCAAUGCCAAUCUUCAGAAUUAGACGAAGAGCGAAAAAACAAAACACAGAAAUCCAAACCGAGGAUCUGUAUGAUGAGAAGAAGACAGAUGGAAGCUUAUAUGCGCCAUAUACACUAGCUAUGGAUUCUGACCAAUCACAGUCAUCGUCACAGUCUGACCAAUCGCAAUCCUCGACACAGUCCGACUGGUCGGAAACGUCCAGUAACCACACAAAAAGUACGUACUACUCCUCAGACAGUCACCAGAUGGCGCUGUGGAAGGAAGCCUCGUUUGGGAAUUUGAUGGGAUCUACGUUAUCCUUACCUGUGUGUCUACCUGGGGAUAGUGGUUGUUUGUCCCGAUCACACUCCUCCGAAGGUCUCAACGUCAAUGCUAGCAUAAUGACAGCAUUGUCUUGUAAAACGUUUAUCGAAUAUAGCGGAAACAGCUUUCUAAAAUCGGGACCGGACACUGAACGAGGUUCGGAUAUUUUCGACGACAGAGCGUCGACUCAAUCCCUCAAGUCUUCCCAUACUAAUGGAUCUAUAUCAGACGGGCGGUCGGACGGACAUCUGGACAGACGAUCGGACGGACUGCUGGACAAACGUGUUACUGAACUCAACCCUUUGUUUAAGCAAUGCUACAACAACAAAUAUAAGGCAAACUUUGCUGAAACAAAGUUAACCGAAGAAAAGUGUCUGUAGGACUCCAACGAGGAGAACUCCACGUCUACUCGUAUUCAAGAGAAACAACUCUGUGCCUAUUCCUGUCGGGCCUGUGCGAACAAUUAAGGGAGGCAACCCAGUACAAAAAUUUACCUCAGGACAAAGGAAGCAUUGCUAGACUAAAUCCUGGGAAAGAAUCCCGGACAAACUUCCUAAAUCCAUGGAGACCAUGACUCGGAAAGAAGGAUUUCUGAUUGACGGAACGCUGAGCCCAACAACUGGUUUUGUGGGAAAGAAUGGAAAAAGCAAGGUCAUAACCUCGAUCAGGAACGAAAAAAGUUAUUCGGUGAAAGAAAAAGGAAUUUCAGAAUGAAAAAAACUUUUGACAAAUAUCAUUCAUUUCGAAAUCCUAAAUGGCGGAAGUACGUACAGUCCAAGGGAAAUAACUCUGUUUAUUCUUCCAGAGGAAAACUUGUAAAUUCUACAAGAGUUAAAACUUGUGAUAAACUGUGUGACGAGAUUAAUUGGUGCUAUAUACUGUGAACGAAAAUGCUUUUAUAAAGUAUGACAUAUCCCAGGGGGAGCUUACUUUAUAUUUCCGGUGAAAUGUAGAUCGAACGCUUUUGCGAAGCAAACAUAUCCAGCGAUAUAAUUCAUAGAUCGCGUGUCUAAAAAUACACACAAAAAAUCAGAACAUAGUGAAUGACUUUUUGUGUGACGGCAACAUUAUAGUUUAUCUCUAUAAUUGUGCAAUAUCCCUCUAUCUACAUGUACGUCAGUGAAUUCGAAUAGAUGUUGCAACGAGUGGUCUCCCUUGGACACGCAUAUCCUGUGUACCACUUCCGGAAACCACCACGUGACUGUAUAUAUUUGUACAUAUAGCUGUUAUCUUUACAUAUAAAUAUAUAUUUACAGCCGAGUAUUAAUUUAUACGCUUGUUGAGCUUGAUCAAAUAAAUUAAUUAUAAUUAUUA